AUGACAAGAGUCGAGGCUUAUGAGCAUUUAAAGGAAGAGUACAAGGUCCAUGUUCAUCUGAAGAAAUUAGGGAAGGCACUACACAAGGCCAAGAAAAACAUAGAAGGAAGUGAAAAGGAACAGUAUGGCAAGCUAAGGGACUACCUAGCUGAACUUUUGAGGAGCAACCUUGGCUCCACUUGCCAGAUGCAAGUAAUUCCACAACCAGUCCCUAACAGCCCACCAAUUUUUAACAAACUGUAUGUCUGCCUUGAUGCCUGCAAGAAAGGAUUCAAAGCUGGUUGUAGACCAUUGAUUGGAUUGGAUGGAUGUUUCUUGAAAGGUUACUAUGGGGGACAACUAUUGAGUGCAGUGGGAGAUGAUGCAAACAAGAGCUUUUAUGUCAUUGCUUUUGCAGUUGUUGACAAUGAGACCAAAGAAAAUUGGAAGUGGUUUCUGACCUUGCUACAAGAAGACAUUGGCAGUUGUGAAGUGCAUGGAUGGAACUUUAUAAGUGAUCAGCAAAAGGGUUUGAUACCAGCAUUACAGGAGGUCAUGCCUGGUGCCCAUCAUAGGUUCUGUGUACAGCACGUGUGGAAGAAUUUUACUAAGCAAUGGAAGGACAAAGCCAUUAGGGGAAUAGUAUGGGAGGCUGCACAAUGCACAACUGUGCCCCAAUUCCAAAGAACAAUGGAUAAAUUGAAGGAGUUGAAUGAAGAUGCUUGGGCAUACCUCAACAAGAUUCACCCCUCAUGCUGGGUUAAGGCAUAUUUUAGUCACUGGCCCAAGUGUGACAAUAUAACCAAAAACAUGGCUGAGGUGUGGAAUGCAAAAAUUGUUGCAUACAGGUCCAAGCCCAUUGUCAGCCUAUGUGAAGAAUUGAGAUGCUAUAUCAUGAUGAGAAUGGCUGCCCAUCAACGAAUUCUGGGUACUGUUAGGGGUAAAAUUGCCCCAGCUCAACAGAAAAAGCUGGAUCAAUUGAAGGUGUUAAGCAACUCCUGGACACCAAUUUGGACAGGGAACUUGGAGCAAGACUUAUAUGAAGUGACUGCAAAGGGUGAAAGGGUUGGUGUCAAUCUUACCUACAAGACUUGUGCAUGUAAUGUCUGGCAGCUCACAGGAAUGCUGUGUGAGCAUGCAAUUGCUGCAAUAUGCCACAAGAAUGAACCAGCAGAGCUUUAUGUCCAUCAAUGGCUGACAGUGGAUGCUUUGCAUAGGCACAUUAGCCGUCCCAAAAAGCAUUGGAAGAAGGAUGAAACUGAGGAGCAAGUCAGCAAAACAAAAAAAUUAAAGAGGGCACAUGCUGCAGUUUGUGCUAAAUGUGGGCAAUCUGGUCAUUAUGCCAAGACCUGUAAGGGACCAGCUACAAGCAAGAGAGGGAGGAGAGCAACAGCACCUUCACAUGCAGUUAAUGUCAACAUAGCAGCUCCAAAUGAAGAGGAGAUCCCUCUGAGUCAAGGAAGACCUUCAACGCAGUCCCAGGCACCUGAGGAAGCCGUUAGGGGCAACAGCCCACCACCUACAGCCCCACCACCAGCAGAACAAUUGUCAACUGAAACUGUCAAUGCAACAAGCAGUGGCACAAGGAGCAGGCUUAUGGCAUUCAUGGCCACACCUGGGUUUAGGCCACCAAAACUAGCUUGA